AUGUCAGACGAUGGAGCAGAUCAAAGUAAUGAUAAUGAAAUUUAUGAUGCUGAGAUUCGCGAAAGAAAUAGUUUUGUGACCAGUAAUGAUGCUGAUUCGAUUGAGCACAUAAAAAUCGGAUGUGCCCAAGAUGUUUUAACCGAUGAAACUCAUACCAACAACAAAGAGGGAGGAUGCCUUGCGAGCGACUGUGCCCUUAUCGGUCCACCAAAGGAAAGACAAGUUCGGCAAGUUCGUCAGAUUGCCAACUUGUACCACCGAGUUAAGGAAAGACUUGCACGAAGUCGAUACUGGUCGACAAGACCGUUCGAUCUGUACUACGACCAAAAAGUCGAACCUUUUGCAAAAUCUCAAAAUCUGGACGCGACAUUGACAAGAAAGCAUGAUCGAAAUGUGGAUCAGUCUGAAAUACGUGAUUGUUGGGAAGAAGAGGCAACGAUUCUGAACAUAAACCAAGUUCAUACGCUUCCCAUAACUCCUGCAAAGCUCCGCCAUGCAACUGAAAAGGAUCCAAAGCUCUCACGAGUGUUGCUGUAUUCUAUAAAUGGUUGGCCUGCAAAGGAAGAAAUUACAAAUGAAUUGUUGCCAUUCCACAGGAGAAAAGAUGAAAUUACUGUGGAAGAAGGAAUGUUGCUGUGGGGAAUAAGAGUUAUUAUUCCCCAAAAGUAUAUUGCAGAAGUACUAGAUGAACUGCAUGAAAAUCAUCCUGGUAUGGUUCGAAUGAAAUCAUUAGCCAGAUUGCAUGUUUGGUUUCCGAAUAGUGAUGAAAGAAUUGAACAGAAAGUGAGAGAUUGUUCAAAUUGUCAGGAAGUAAGAAGUCCUGCGAAUAAAACGCCUGGAAAUCCAUGGAUAUGGCCUACUAAGCCGUGGCAAAGCAUUCAUAUGGACUAUGCUUGUCCAAUAAUGAAUGAAAACUUUCUGAUGAUGGUCGAUGCUCAUUCUAAAUGGCCUGAAGUGUUCAGAAUGCCUUCAACUACUUCUGAAAAGACUGUUGAUGCAUUGAGAUAUUUUUUUACGAAAUAUGGACUACCUGAAAUAUUGGUAAGCGACAAUGCUUCUAACCUGUCAUCGAGAGAGAUUCGAGAUUUUAUGAUACGAAAUGGAAUUAAGCAAAUCUUUUCAAGUACGUAUCAUCCGUACCCUAAUGGUGAGGCUGAAAGAAAUGUGCGUACCUUCAAGACCACACUGAAAACUUAA